AUGGACGCUGAAAGUGUAAAAACUGGACUUACCAUCAUCAAUGAGCUUAAAGACAUGAUCCUAUCAAAUCUGACAGCUGCUGGUAAAGAGAAAGUUGGUGAAAAAAUCAAUACAAAUCUUGAUAUGUUGGCUUCAAUAAUCAAUGGAAAUAGUGUAUCUAAUUGUAAUGGUAAUGCUCAAGGAAAUGCUAACUAUGAAGCUGAGAUUUUAAAAAGGCUUAGAGCAAUUGAGGGUAAACUGGAUAUGACACCUAAAGAAACUUUUCCUGACAAAGUGAUAACACAUUCAAGAUCUUCACAUCGAUUAUUUCAUGGAUCUCAUUUAUUAUCGGGAGCUAAUGCUAAAUUUCAAAAAAUACUCAAUCAAUGGUAUGGUGUACCUAAGCAAUCUUGGCGAUGUAUUUUUCGUGCUCAAACACAUAACUUCUCAGCUGAUUCCUUUCAUCGCCACUGUGAUAAUUUUGCUCCUACCUUUACCAUCAUUUUGGGACAUAAUGGUGACCUGUGUGGAGGCUUUACCGAUAUACCAUGGAGCAUACCUGCUGACCCAAAGGGACGUUAUAUUACUUCAGAGAAAUCAUUCCUCUUUAGUUUGAUUAAUCGUGAAUCAACCGAUCCAAUUAAAUUUGAUGUUAUUAAAAAGCGCUUUGCAAUCGUUCAUCAUCAAAGAUAUGGACCCAUAUUUGGUGGUGGUGCUGAUUUAGCUUUAUCAGACAAUUGUGAUGCAAACAUGGAAAGCUAUUCCAAUUUACCUCAUUCGUAUGAUGGGGAACAUGCGAAUAAUUACAUACUCAUGGGACAUUAUUAUUUCUGUGUUAAAGAUUAUGAAGUUUUUACCAUCACCUGA